UAUGCAUCAUUCAUCCCAUCGUGGUAUGUUACAUCAAAAUGCUUGAAACCAUAUCAAGGAAUGAAGGCACUAAGAAGUUUAAUUCUGGUGCGUGAUGGAUCUUGUGGGGGCUCUUUCUUUAUUUCCAACAAGGUGCUACAUGACUUGCUAAUAAACUUGAAGUACUUGAGAGUAUUCUCGUUAUGUCGUUGUAACAUCGUAGAGGUACCGAAUUGUAUUGGUGAUUUAAAACAUCUUCGAUACCUCAAUUUCUCGUACACUCAUAUUGAGAGGCUACCUGAGUCAAUUGGCGCCUUGUGCAAAUUACAAGCUUUGAUUUUAAGAGGUUGUCAAAAGCUUUCAAAGUUGCCUCAAGGUAUCACAAAGUUAGUCAGCUUACAGUUUCUUGAUAUUAGAGAUACAAAGAGUCUAAAAGAGAUGCCGUUGAGUAUCAAUAAUUUAAAGAAUCUUAUUAUGUUGUCCAAAUUUGUGGUAGGACUUGAGAAAGGGUCGCAGUUGAAAGAGUUAAAGAACUUGCCACAUCUUGAAGGAGAAUUAUUCAUAUCAGAAUUGCAAAAGGUGAAAAAAGUUACAGAUGCAGUUGAUGCUAAUUUGCUUCGAAAGCUAGGCCUUACCAACUUAUCCUUGCAUUGGGGUGAACAUUUGGGAGAUCUCCAAAAUCAUGAGCGCGAAGCACAAGUGCUUGACUCUCUGCGACCUCACAUUAAUCUUGAAAAUCUCGCUAUUUUGAACUAUCGUGGUGUAGUAUUCCCAUCAUGGUUAGAUUGUACAUCCUAUUAUAAAAUAGUGUCUUUAUGCUUGUGGGAUUGUCCUAAUGUUAUGUCGCUGUCUAUGAUUGGACAACUACCUUCACUUAAGGAAUUAUCUCUUAAAGGUCUACAUGCAAUAAGAAUGAUAGGCUUUGAAUUUUACGGAGGUACAAGACCUUUUUCAUCCUUAACCACUUUGAAGUUCGAAGAGAUGUUGGCAUGGAAGGAUUGGUCUCCUUAUGCUGGGCGCCCAAAAGAAGAAGUCUCAUUCUCCUGUCUUAAGCAUCUUGUUGUUCGGGGCUGUCCUUCAUUGGAGAGGACAUUGCCUUGUCAACUUGAUCGUCUCACAAAGCUUGAAAUUCAUUCAUGUCCGCAUUUGAAAAACUCAACCAAUGAUGUUUGUCUUCCAUCUCUCCAUGAGUUGUUCCUCGAGGAUUGUAACAAAGAGAUCUUGAAGAGCUUGAUAAACCUAACUUCUUUGACCAUUCUUACAAUUAAGAAUCUUGCAGAGUUUGUUUGCUUUGAUCUUGGGUUUAUGAGCCACUUGAUCAAGCUAAAGGAGCUUCAUAUAGGAGGGUGCAACCAGUUAAAAUAUUUGUGGCGAGAUGGAAAUGAAAUGCUAAAUCUUACUUGCCUCCAGGAAUUAACCAUCGUAAGUUGUCCUCAGUUCACAUCAUUCAUGGCAGGAGAAACAGAAAUAGAGCUGCCAUGCAACCUUGAAAAGAUGAAAUUGAGUAAUUGCACCAGUUUAGAAAAGCUUCCGAGCAAGAUGUACACACUCAGUUAUUUGUCUAUUGAACGGUGUCCAAAACUCAUAAUGCCAACCAUUUCUUCAUAUGACCCCAAUAGCAACAACCCAAUAUCUCAACUUCAAUCUUCAUGUACAAGUAAAUGUGAUUCUCUGACAUGUUGUCCCUCUACCAAAGAUAGACUUGCUACUCUAAAGACAUUUUAUAUUAAAUACUGCGAGGGAGUGGAAUCACUGGAAGAAAUCACCAUAGAAUCACUCGAAUUUAUGGGAAUUCGCAAUUGUUGGAAUCUAAGAAGCCUACCACAAUUCCUUCACACGCUCUCCCAUCUCACUGGAUUGAGUAUAAGUGACUGUUGUGAGAUAGAGGACUUUCCUCCCCUUCCCCUCACUCUAUCAAGCCUUACACUUGAGAGAUGUCCGAAGAUAAAGUCUAUCACUAGUAUCACGAGUUGUAACAAUCUCACUUCUUUGGAUAUAAUUGGGUGCGGGGCAUUGGAAAUAAUAGAUUCCCUUCCCCUUCUCAUCACCCUGUCACAUGUCUCUCUCUCUAACUGCCCGAAGAUAAAGUCUCUACCAAAGUGGCGUCAUCUUACAUCCCUCCGGAACAUAUCCGUUAGGCAUUGCCAAAAUAUCCAAUGCUUGCCCGAAGGAGGUUUGCCUCCCAAUUUGCAAGCGUUUCAUUGUGAGUGCGAGAAUAUGAAACAACCAGUGAGAGAAUGGGGCUUACCCCUGCUCACAUCCCUCACGUUUCUAGAUAUUAUUGGAAAAAACAUGGGAGGGGAGGGAGAGAAGGUGCGGUUUCCUGAGGAGGAGGAGGAUGAGGAGGAUGCCUGGAGUCUUCUCUUUCCUUCCUCUCUUACCUCUCUUUGGAUUGGCCAUAUGAGGAACGUGGAAAGACUAUCAGAUGGCCUUCGCAAGCAUCUCUCCUCUCUCCAAUUUUUAGGGAUUUCAAAUUGCCCGAAGUUGAGGGACUUGCCAAAGGAUGGCCUCCCUCCCUCCCUCCGAGAAUUGUGGAUAGAAGGAUGCGAGAAUCUGAAAGAUCGAUGCUCAAAACACACCGGCGACUAUUGGCCCCUCAUCCAAGAGAUCCCUGACAUCGAGAUUGAUUGGGUUCAGAUUCAAUGAAUUCAUUCGUCCUGGUACGGUAAGCUUUUUUAGGGUUCGGGUAAGUUUAUGGUUUCGAAGGCAUCGAUUUCCCAUUCUGCUUCCUCAAUUCGAUGCAAACUGAUUUUCCCUUCAUGUAGAUGUCUCACAUAAAUUUCCGGGAAAAUCCAAGAAAUCCAUGGCAUGCGCAUUGAUUAGUUUCAAAUCUGGUGAAGUGAAAUUGAUCCACUUUCGCUUUCAUUUGCUAACUGCCGCGAUUCAUCCUUCGAUGUGCAAUCAGUUUUCUAGGGUCCAGAUUUUUGGGUGAGAAAUACGAGGAAUGUGGAAAGAGUAUCAACAGUGGAGGAUGUAAGAAGCAUGGAGUAUUCUGUUUCCCUCAUCUCUACAUCUCUUUGGAUGAGAACUAUGAGGAAUGUGGAAAGAUUAUCAAGUGGUCUUCACAGCCAUCUCUCCACUCUCGAACAACUACAUUUUAUAGGUUAUUGGAACAUGCCAGAGGAUGGCUUCUUUCCCUCCGCCAAGUAUCCGACAUAAUUCAAUUUCAAAUUCUGAAAGAUUGAUGCUCAAAACUCAGUGGCGACUAUGGGCACCUCAUCCAAGAAAUCCCACUCAUCAUAGUCAAUCGAGUUCGGAUCCAAUAAGAAGAUAUCUAUCCAAUUUCUAAUUUUGCUCUUCAGAAUAUCCCACUGUUAUCUUUAUUUGGCAAAAUUUCUCAGGAGGAUCAAAUGCAAACAGUGCCGAGGGAAAGGGGGAAAGGAGUAAUAAGGAAGACUAUGAUCUGUCCAAAUUCUGGAGAUAUUUCUAUGCGAG